AUGCAAGUGCCGGUUCUCGGCUGCACUUUCUUCACGCUGUCAGAUCGUGAGGAAAGUACUGCCGAGAACCGGCAGUUGUCAGAGCGGGGAUCGGCACCGAUCAGGGCACUGAUGAUCAGUGCCCUGAUGAUUGGUGCCCAGCAGUGCCACCCGCAAGUUCCUCCCACCUGUGCCCAGCAGUGCGCCCACUAGCUCCGCCCACCUGUGCCCAGCAGAUCACCCACCUGUGCCCAGCAGUGCACCCACCUGUGCCACUCUGCAGUGUCACACACCUGUGCCCACCAGUGCCACCCACCUGUGCCCACCCACCACAGUGCUGCCAGUCAGUGCCACCAGUCAGUGCCCAGGGGUUGUGCCAGUCAGUGCCGCCAGUCAGUGCCCAGCAGUGAUGCCAGUCAGUGCC